ACUCUAUGUUUCUAUAUAUUAAACGGAUCAAUCAAUCAAUCAGACCUUAGGGUUCUUCUUCUUCUUUAUCAUCAUCAUCAUCCUCCUUCCCAAAUCCCAAAACCAGAUUCAAUUCGAAAUUGAUUCCAGGCGAGAAAUUAGUGGCGCCAGUUUUGAAUUUCAAAAACCAUUGGAUUGGACACCCACUGUUCCUCCUCGACCCUAGUUUUGAAACCCACCCAUCAUCCAUAUCCCAAAAACCAGCGGACAUUACCCACUCACCCAAUAUAAAAUACCCUUUUACGCAAACCCUAAAUCGAGAAAAGCAAAUCUGCGUAGUUUUGUAUCUUGGCAAUGGCGGCGAGAAAGAAAAGCAAAGGCCUCUGCCGGCCGAGGCAAGAAGAGAACGGCGCUGGUCUGGAGGAGAUGAAGGCCGAGGGUAUUUUGGGAAUUGAGAACGAGGGAGCUAAUGGGGAAGUAAAAGAAGAAGCUGUGGCUCCUUUGGUGGAGGGCAGAGGCAGGAAGCGGCGGAGGAAGAAACAAGAAGAAGACGGUGGUGGUGGUGAGGGUGUUUUGGGAAAUCAAAACGAGGAAGAGGUUGCUGAAGAUGGUGUGGAGGUAAAGACGCGUUAUCCACAGAGGGCGACAAGGGCUGUAAGGGCGGUGGUGGAGGAGGAGGAGGAGGAGGAGCCGGAGAUUCGGAAGAGGACGAAGAAGAGAAAAGCAGCGGUGGUGGAGGAGGAGGAGCCGGAGAUUCGGAAGAUGAUGAAGAAGAGAAAAGCAGCGGCGGCGGAGGGAGAGGAAGAUGAGGCAGUGAAGGACGUUUCAACAAUGUGCCAUCAGUGUCAGAGGAAUGAUAAAGGGAGAGUGGUUCGGUGCACGAGUUGUCCGAAAAUGGGUAAGGGAAUGAGGAAGAGGUAUUGUAUCCCUUGCAUACAGAGGUGGUAUCCCAACACAUCGGAGGAAGCCAUUGCUGAGGCUUGUCCUGUGUGCCGCGGCAACUGCAACUGCAAAGCCUGCCUUCGACUGGAUGUGCCUAAUAGGUGUUUGAAGAAUCUAGACCCGAAAAUCGACGAGGAGACCAAGCUGGAGCACUGUAAGUAUCUGGUUCAUCAGCUGCUUCCGUAUUUGAAGAGGAUUAGGGAUGAGCAGGUGCGUGAGAUGGUGGUGGAAGCCAAGAGGCAGGGAUUAAGUGAUGUUUCAGAGCUCAAGGUGGAGAAGGCUAAUUGCGCUGACGAUGAGCGUAUGUACUGCAAUAACUGCAGCACUUCGAUUUUUGAUUUUCAUAGGAGUUGUCCUGAUCCUGAGUGUGAGUAUGAUCUGUGCCUCAUUUGCUGCCGGGAGAUUCGAGACGGCAAGUGGAAGAAGAGAGGUAUGGAGGAGGAAGACAGUCAGAAGUAUGUUGAUUUGGGGCGUGAGUAUUUGCAUGGAAAGGGAGAGUUGAAGAGCUUGCUAAAAAAAAAGAGAGAAAAGAAGUUGAAGAGCUUGCUAAAGAAGAAAAGAGAAGAAGAGUUGAAGGAGAAUGUUGAUGUGGGAGUGAAGCUGGACUCGUCAGAAUCUGCUCAAGAGUCCUCGAGAGCAAGUGAAGAUGGAAAUAUUCAAGAUGGGCAGCAGAAAAAGAGAGGCAGAGAGGAUGAAGUAAGUGAGGAAUUUGUUAAUGUGGGGGAGUGUUUGGAUGGAGAGGGAGAGCUGAAGAGGAAUGAUGAUGUGGGAGUGAAGCAGGACGAGGCCGAAUCUGCUGAAGAGUCCACAUUUGAGUGGAGAGCAAGUGAAGAUGGAAGCAUUCUCUGCCCUCCAACACACAUGAAAGGUUGUGGUAAGCAUAAUUUAGAAUUGAGGUGCAAUUUUUCUCAGAAUCAUGUCAUAGAUUUGGUAGAGAAAGCAGGAAAAAUAGAUGUAAGUUACAAUCCUAUGCAUGCUAGUAGUGAAACAUGUGCACAAAAGUGUUCAUGCGUUAAACCUGUGAAUGAUGCUGUCAACUCAAGUAGCAGCAGCUGUAAGUUAAGAAAAGCAGCCUCUAGAGACGGUUCUGAUGAUAACUACUUGUUCUGUCCAAGGGUCGGAGAAAUCCAAGAUGAGGAUUUUGGGCAUUUUCAGUGGCAUUGGAUGAGGGGUGAGCCUGUGAUCGUUAGCAAUGCACUUGAAAAUGGAUCAGGUUUGAGCUGGGAACCGUUAGUCAUGUGGCGUGCAUUUAGGCAGAUAAAGAAUCUCAAGCAUGAUAGAGAAUUGGCAGUCCAUACCAUUGAAUGCUUGGAUUGGAGUUUCAAAGAAACUAAUAACCUCCAUUUCUUUACUGGAUAUUCCGAAGGCCGGCCUGAUGAGAAAGGAUGGCCUGAGAUUCUCAAGCUCAAAGACUUCCCCCCAUCUACUGAGUUUGACAAUCGUCUCCCCCGGCAUGGUAAGGAAUUUGUCUGUUGUCUGCCUUUCAAAGAGUAUACUCACCCCAACAAGGGAACCCUGAACCUUGCUAUCCACUUGCCACCUACCUCAGUAAAGCCGGACAUGGGUCCAAAAACAUAUAUUGCCUAUGGUUUUGCACAGGAGCUUGGACGGGGAGAUUCUGUGACCAAGCUUCACUGCGAUAUGUCUGAUGCAGUUAAUAUUCUGACACAUACAGCUGAAGUGGCCCUUACAACUGAACAACUCGCAACUAUAGAUAAGUUGAAAAAAAAGCACAGGAAGCAAGACGAAAGAGAGAUAUUUGGGAAUUGUCACACAAGUGCUGGAAAUGGAAGUGGGCCUCAGGAAGAAUCAGCUGAAGUAUGUGAGGAUGGUGGUGCCUUAUGUGAGGAUGGUGGUGCCUUAUGGGACAUUUUCCGGAUCCAGGAUGUUCCGCAGCUGGAGAAAUACAUCCACAAGCACAUCAAUGAAUUUAGGCAUGUGCACUGUAAUCCUUUGCAGUGUGUUACUCAUGCUAUACAUGAUCAGACUGUUUAUCUCACUGUGGAGCACAAGAGGAAGCUUAAGGAGGAAUUCGGUAUCGAGCCGUGGACAUUUGUCCAAAAACUUGGAGAUGCUGUUUUCAUUCCUGCAGGUUGUCCUCAUCAGGUGAGGAACUUGAAGUCUUGUAUCAAAGUUGCACUGGACUUUGUUUCCCCUGAGAAUGUGGGUGAGUGCUUUCGUUUGACGGAAGAGUUUCGCACACUUCCGCCAAACCAUAGGGCCAGCGAGGACAAGCUGGAGGUGAAGAAAAUGAUUGUGCAUGCUGUUUGUGAAGCUGUGAAGGAGAUUUCUGGUGAGAAUGCGAAGCCUGAGGAUGUGAAGCCUAAGAGGAGGCGCAAGGGGAGGCGCAAGGGGAACAAAGGAGAGGUGUAAGACCCGAGUCUAACAAAAUGUAAUGGCAUGCACCAUGCAGCCUGGGAAUUAGUAGGGAUGUAAUCUUAGAAUAUUAGGGAUGUAAGAAUUAUUAGUGUUCUGUGCCAUAGGAGCGUUUUUUGGAUUUUGUAACAUAUCUUAGUUCUUAACUGAUGGUUUCUGCUC